UUUUCUUAUUUUAUCAAAUAAAAUUUUUAAAAAUUAGAGAGGUUAAGAAUUUUUUAAAAAUAAUUUUUAAGUCUUUUUUACACUUAAGAACCUUAUUAAUACAUUAAAGAUAAAACCAUUUUUAAGUACUACCACUAGAAUUUUAAUCCUCUAUAAUUAAGAGUUUAAAUAUAGUUUUUGAUUUAUCAUUUCUGGUUACACGGUGUGUGUUGUUUUUUUCUCAUUGUUUUGUGUGUGUAUAUAUAUAACUGCUUAUAUAAGUAGCGAGUUCGUCAUGUAUCUAGUAUUACAUUUGACGACAGUUCUUCUUGGUAUUGCAUUGAGUACUUUCAUGAGAGUAGAGACAACUCAUUGAGGGUAAAAUGGUAAUUUCAUCAUCCACCUCCUCUUAAAUACUCUUCUGUUGCUGUCAUCUUCUUUAGCUUUUUCAAUUAACUUGUUUUCUUACCGGAGACUGUGACUGUGUCUGUGAACAAGAAGAACAUCCAUGGCUUCCUCUAUUUCCUCUGAUAUCCGUUUUUUCAAGAUUGGUCUCAGAAAAAGCCUUGAAGAUGGAAACCUUAAGUUACCAAAAAAGUUCAGUAAGAAAUAUGGUGAUGGUGUUCCAAAUCCAGUGUAUCUGAAGCCUCCAGAUGGCACUGCAUGGAAGAUAGAUUGGUCUUUGUAUGACGGUGUGAUUCAAUUUGAAAAUGGUUGGAACGAAUUUGCUUCAUAUUACUCUUUGGAUAAUGGCCAUCUGCUGUGUUUUGCGUACAAUGAAACUUCUAACAUUGAAGUACAAAUUUUUGACAUCAUUGAUGGCUUUGAAAUAAAGUAUCCUUCCUUGGAUCACAUCGGCGAUGACAAUUCGAUUGAGAUCUUGAAUGAACUGCCGCCACGAGGCUGGCCGAGCAUAAAACUGAAAGCAGCAGCAGAAGUAUCAUCUCCGUCUACAAGUAAAAUAUUGAGGAGUUCUGUCAAAACUGGAGAUGUAGAAAAGGGCCCUGAUAAACAAAACUGGAUGCAGUGUUGCAAGAAUGAAGAAGCUAGUUAAUCUGAAGAGACAGGUCUUAAGAUGACAAUAAUUCAAAGUGCCAGAGUUGAUCCUGAUAGUAUGUAAUUUCAUGAUCAAUUCAUCCUUUUAUUUUCGUAGAUUCUAAUGUAAUCCUUUGUGGCUAAAAUGCAUAAAUCAUAGUUACAAAUUCACCAAAUAUGUAUCGUACGCAUAUUGCAUGCGUACCAUACCAGACCGUAUUGCAUUUCAUGUAACUAUGCAAUAAAUAUCUUAUUGUUCUUAGGCUGUGUUCAAAUUUUGUUCAAAUGAAUAAAAGUUACUGUGUUGUUUGAA